GCUCCGCGAGUGAGUGAGUCUACAGCAGUCGGGCAAACCUACGGACGCCAUACUUGCCAUUUAUACUUAACUCCGUUUCUCAGUUAUAUAUUACUGUACACUCCUAGAAUCCCUCGCUGUACUCUACUAUACUGUACACUUUUAUUUUCGGACGGAUUCUGUGCUACCGUGCCGGUUCAAAAAAAAAUUUUUAAAUUGUGACUUUUUUUUUAAGUGAAAUUGUUUUUUUUUUUGUGAUUAAUUUUUUUUUCUCAUGGAAUUUUUUUCUAAACGAUAAAAAAAUUAUGGUAUGAUCGCCUGGAUAUUCACUAAACCAUGAAGCUCAUUCUGCUCUCGUUUAUUAUACCCCUGGCACUGGGUCUGACAUUUCAAGAAGACGACCUGGUGUUUGACGACGUGAGCGAUGAUUCCCAGCCCAUAUCAUCCGCUUCACCUUUAACUAAUCAGCCUUCCGAGAGUUCUUCCGAGUCUUCUCAAGCUUCUAGUCAUUAUCACAAGGACUUAAAAAUAAAAGGCAUUCCAAAUGUCGAGAGCCCGUUUCCCCAAGCCAAUGUCACCACAACAGUCGGCCAUAUUUUUAAAUUCAAAAUAUCAAAACAAUCUUUUGGUAGCAGCGUAAAUCACUAUGAGAUACGAAGCAGCGGGAGUAAUAACAAAGCAUUGCCACACUGGCUAUAUUACGAUGAAGCAACGACAACAUUGAUGGGUGUGCCGGCUAAAAAAGAUGUAGGCCAGCAUCACUUGUCCAUAAAAGCUUAUUACACUUACGGUGAUAUUAUUAAUAGUUUAUUUACUAUUAAAGUAUUGCCAGAAAAGACCGAUGAAGUUAAACACAAAGAUGGCAAAACCCACUGUCGAGACUCGGAAGAACAAACACUCAUGACUAUUCUACUGGACGUUAAAUUUGAUGAUUUGAAUCCUGUUAAGAAAGUUCAUGCCAUCGAAAAACUUGCAAGCAGUCUUGGAUUACACGUCAGUGCAUUUUCAAUGCACGGUCGCAGUACAAAAGAUGAAAGUGCGUCGGAAGACUCACGAAUAAUUCUCACGGGUCCAGGUAACGUGAAACGUAGGAAAGAAAAACAUUCGACGUCAAUUCAAUGGCAGGUCGGCUGCGACGGACAUUUGUGGAAGCAUCAAGCAGAACUUUUGAAACAAAUAAAGAAACAAGCGCGUGACAAGACUCUAGCUAAGACGAUACAGCUUCCAGUUCUACUAUGGCGCGUUAAGACUUAUUCCAAUGACCUGAUUCGUAGCCGCCGUGAAGCUGGUUCUGGUGACUACGCCAGACACAAUAAUCGUAAUAAUAAUAACAAUAAUAAUAAUGACAAUGACGAUGAUUACGACGACGAAAAUUAUGAUUACGAUGAAUCUUACGACGAAGAUCGUGAUGAUCGCGAUGAUCCUGAAGACAAUGAAUCCAUUACUACCUUACCUCCAAGACCGAUUUCAGGUUUUGAAUCUCGUGAAGAAUUACAUCCGCACCGGCAUCAUCAUGGUCAAGAAACUUCAAUUAGUAUCAAAGCUGAGGAAGAAAUCGAUGAACAUGAUAUUAUACCGGUUAUCGAUCGUAAAUACUCAGAGUCUAGUCCAUCGACGUCAGCUCCGACAACUCAAUCGACAACUAAACCGACAACAAUCGAGCAAACAACACCACUAAGUACAACCCCACAAGAAGAAACACCCACAUCAACAACACCAAGUACAACAGUCAGUACAGUAACAGAGAAAACAGAACCUGAGGAUGAUGAUAUAGAUACUACGGAUAUUAAUGACAUUAUCAAUGAAAAUAAUAUAAAUUUAAAUAAUAAUAAUAAACAAUCGACAUUGGAAAUUGAAACUGAAAUCACAGUAGUACCUACGACAUUCCUCACCACAUUGCCCACGUCCUCAAGCACUAUUUCAGCGUCUACGGAUGAAAUAAAAGCCACAACAACAACAAUAACAACAACAUCAAGUACUAGCACAUCACCAUCACCAUCAACAACAGUCGCUACUGUAUUCGCUGUUAACGAUACCAUCGAUGAGGACUUUGAAUUUACUGAAAAUAUAACCGAGUACCCUACAGUUAUAACGGAAUUAAAUCCGCUGACUACUGAGACACUCGCCACAGAGACAACUGAGCUUCUCACUACCCCCACUCCUACAACACCAGCUCCAACUACUCCUACUCCUACUCCAGCUCCCAGUACCACCACUACCACCACGACUUGGGUUCCUCCGACCACAACUACCUCCACUAUCAGCACUACCUCAGCUUCAAGCACAACUUCUACCACUACAACGAUGACUUCAACGACUUUGACAACUCCAACAUUAGCCCCGACGGAAGAAAUAGUUACAACUGAGAAAGUUGUAUAUCGAGUUCGAAACUAUCCCCCUCGACAAGAUAAAAGACUAGAGAAGAUACGUGUUACUGCUGGUAAACCGUUGAAUUACUUUAUACCAGCUAAUACAUUCAGUGAUAUUGAGGAUGGUGACACUCGUAACUUAAGAUUGAGUUUGUAUCUCAAGGGAAGUCCGUUAAAAAGUACACACUGGCUACAAUUUAAUGAACAAACCCAAGAGAUUUAUGGAUUACCCUUGGAUGAACAUGUAUCGAUAUGGGAUUACGAUCUUGUUGCCGCAGAUCGUGAAGGUCUUAAUGUAUCAGAUCGGCUUGAUAUUUAUGUUCAGCAGCAUAAAUUAACGCGAUCAGUUAAUCAUGACUUCAGUAUUUAUUUAAGAAUUGAUAAGCGAUCUCGAUUCCCUACGGCAGUUGAUUGGCAAUUAAAGAUAAUCAGAGGCCUUGCUCAACUCUAUGGUGACAACAAUUCAAGCAGCAUAACUGUGCGUACAAUUCAAAUCAGUGAAGACCAAGCUGUUUUUACUUGGACCAAUGACACAAUACCUCCAAGCUCCGAGUGUCCUAAAGAAGCGAUAAAUCGUCUGUACCACGUCCUAGUGGCUUCUAAUGACGGAGACCCUAGUUCUAUGCUUCAACAUCAUCUAGGUCCAGAGAUUCGGGUCAAACGGGUCGCAUUCCACGGAUACGGUCAAUGCGAGCACUCAUUUACACGAAUUAGUCCCCAAGUACCAGAAAUUUCUACUCAAGAGCCGAAAGUUAAUGAUCCUCCGAUGCCGAGAAAUCAAGUUGAUCAUAUUACCGCCCGAGUUGGCCAGUUGCUGAUCUAUCGGGUACCUGAAGACACAUUUUAUGAUCCCGAGGAUGGGCCAACUCGUCAUUUGCGACUUUCUUUACUUCAUGGUGAUCGUACACCAAUAGCGUCACAUGAGUGGUUGCAGUUCGAUGUAAAUAAUCAAGAAUUUUAUGGAGUUCCACUUAAGACAGAUUCGAAACGUCGAGAAUAUCAGCUGAUUGCGGUUGAUAAAGAAGGAGCGACUGCUAAUGACAAUUUAGUGGUUGAGGUAAAAUCAGCGGACAUUUCGAAAGCAAGCGCUGAGUUUACUAUUAAAUUAGGAGUUGAUUAUGACACAUUCAUUGGAUCUGCAAUGAUGAAAAAGAACUUUAUUCUUAGAUUGAGAGAUUUGUUUGGUGACAAAGAUACGGAUGCUAUUUCAUUGACGACAAUAACACCAGUUGGGCAUAAAAAUACGAUGAUUACAUGGAGGAAUACAACUUUACCGGUUGCUUAUUGUCCUAAUAGUGAGAUACAAAGAUUAAGUGAAGUCUUAUUUGUUAAACCAGAUAAUAAAGAACUGACAAAUAGAAUUGAGAGAAUUAUGGGAAUGGAAUUCCCUGUCGAUCAAUUAACUUUGACACCGAUGGGAAUUUGUUUGGGUGAGUUUACGAGAGUUCACUCUCAUGAUGGAGGACUUGGGAUUGAUGAUGAAGAUGAACGAGGAGGAAGACGAGGCUCUGGAGCACGAGGUGGCAUGGACAAUGAUGACUAUCUUAUAACUUUUGUUUUGCCGGCUAUAAUUAUUGCUGCGAUGCUUGCGCUCGCGGGUAUUAUUGCUUGUAUACUGUACAGAAGGAAGAGAAGUGGGAAGAUGAGUGUCAGUGAACACGCGGACGAGAGACAGAGCUUUAGAAGUAAAGGAAUUCCGGUUAUUUUCCAGGACGAAUUGGAAGAAAAACCCGAACCAGGUGAUAAAGCACCAGUGAUAUUAAAAGAAGAAAAACCGCCGCUACCACCACCGGAGUAUUUGCGUUCAGAAGACGGCGCGGACCAGCCAAUGCUAUCACAAGAAAACUCAGAAGAACCUUAUCAACCUCCACCGCCAUUCGCUCGCACAUCUGACAACACGCGUCAAAAUCGCCCGAAACCAACGCCGACUUACAGAAAACCACCUCCGUAUGUACCACCCUAACAAAAUUACGAAUUGCACUCAUCAACGCGUCGAUAUAUGACCGCGAUGUUGGGUGAAACUACAACAUCAACUGCCGAAUUACGCGAACAAAUAUUUCAUCGAAUACAAGGCCAUACUUCGAGAUUUCAUGACUAAGAAACUUUUUUUUAUUCAUUAAUUAAUUAAUUGAUAAUUAUUAAUUCUAUCAACGUCAAUUCGAUGGUCACGUGUUGCCUAAUUCAAUAUUUAGAAAGUUCACAUUUAAUUAACCCUUCAAUGGUCACCAGAUAUUUUAUUUUUAAAAAAAUUAUAUGCUGAUAUUUUUUAAAUCCGGAAAGUAAUAAAAUUACUUUUAAAUUUUUUAUAAAAAUAAUUUAUGUUUUUAAAGCGAUUCUAUCUCAGAAACUUUUUGUUUUAUGUUGAAAAUGUCCUGAUAGAAAUUUGUAGAGCCUUAAAUUCUUUAAAAAAAAAAGAAUUAAAUGAAAAUUUUGAUAGGAUGAGACUGAAAAAAGUUAUGAUGAGUUAAAAGUCUUGAUUUAGUAUGUGAAUAAAAUUACGCGGGAGUUUUAGUGGCAUUUUUUUAAUUAUUAGUUUAAUGUAUAAAGUACUUGAAUAAAUUUAUAUAUAUUAUUAAAUUUUUGAUAAAAUCCUUGGUCGACGGGAACGAUAAAAUAAGUCUGCAAGUUAUAACUCAUAAAAGUUAAACGCAUAAUUCCAGAAUUAAAUAAACAAAAUAUUUAGAUUUAUAUUUUUAAUCCUGGCUCUUUUAUUAUUAUUUUCUGAGCCACCGCAUAUUUUUUUAAAUUUUAUUUAUUUUUAUUAUUUUUAUUUAGAGCUAAAGUUAACUGGGUGUCUCACGGUGACCUUCCGUGUUAAAUUUUUUAUUAUUGUUGUUGCUAUUGUUGUUGUUAAUGCAAUUAAAAUAUUUUAAUUAAUAUUUUAAAACAUAUAUUUUGUUUAAAUAAUUAUUAUCUGAUUGGUAUAAAUUGAAAAAUUUUUAAUUAUUUUGAAUACUUAAUUUACGAUAAUUAAUACAGUUUUACAAUUCCGAUAUAUUAAUAAAUAUUCAAAGUUUGCGAUCUCUGUUUAUACUUCGUUCAACUUGAAUCCGAGAUUAUAAAUAAUUUAAUUUAACUACAUAAUUAUUUAUUUAUUUUAUUUCUAAUCCAAAGAAAUAUUUUUUUCAUCCUAAUUUAAUACUAAUUUAUUGCGUAUUUAAAAUAAUUAAACAUUUUAACUUAGGGCCAGUUUUUCAAACCGAAUUUUUUUAUCCAGGUUUAAAUUAAUAGUGCUAGUGUAUCUAUACAAUAAGAAUAUAUAGAUAUAUCAGCAAUAAUAGUUUAAACCUGGAUUAAAAAUAAACUCAAUUUGAAAAAGUAGCCCUAAUGAAUCAAAUGAUAAAAUUAUUAAACAAAUUAUAGAAACAAUUAAAAUUUAAUUGUGCAAACAAUAACAUUUUCGCAAGUAUACACUACCCGCAUGACGUGAGUCUUAAAUUUUGUAGCCUAUGAACCAAAUAUACUUGAGGUGUUUCCAAAAUACAUAGAACUAUUUUUUUUUUUUUAAACUAGAAACAUUAACUUCAAAUCACUUGCAAUUGAAUAAUUACAUAAAAAAAAAUGGCGGACAAGUUUAUCAUCUCAAGUUAUUGUUUAUUUAAUAACAAUGAGCAAUCUGCAGUCUCUACGUGACUAUCCGAGUACAGUACUACCAAAUUUAUUAAAUAUGAUUAAAAUUUAAUUAUUUAUUGGAGCCUUACCAAUUCACUCUCAGAUAUUUUGUUGAUUUUAUUAUCAUUGAAGUUUAAUAAGACAAAUUUUGUCAUUUAUUCACAAACUUAUUGAUUUCGAUAAUUGUACACUGUAAAAAAUUGGGAGCGAAUCCGGAGUGAAUAGAGAUUUUACUUCAAUCCGAAUUCACUCCGUCACUCGUAGUUCCGGAGUUUAAAAAAAAUCACUCCGCAUGCGAAGUCAAUAGGGAUUUUUUUUAGAGUGAAUUGUAAUUAUUCAAGUAAUAAUUAUUAUUCAAUUAAUUAUUCAAGUAAUAAUUAUACAUAAAAUAUUAUAUUUUUAAUUUAUUAAAUCACUAAAGUAUAAUUUCAUAUAAUAUAUCGUGAAAACAUUUAAUUAUUUAAUAGUUAUACAGACAUAGUUUCUAUGGGAAUAUUUUAUAUUUCGGUUCAAUAUAAAAUGUUAUUUUGUGGUAUGGUUGACAUAAGUCAUAUGACAGUUUGUGGCUCAGUAAAAUUAUAUUAAUGAUGGGAAAUGAAAAGUCUAUUUCUUUAACUUCAUAAGCGUGAAAGUUAUCAUUAUAAGCUGCCUAGAAUUUUUUUUUAAUUAUUUCGCGUGAAUAUAUGGAAAGGGAGCAUGUAAUUAUUUCCGUACUUAAUAUAAAAGCUCUAACUUCACUAUGUGUCAGUAAUUGUUUUUAUAAAUAAUAUUUUCUGGAACCCCCCUCUGGAAUGAAAUGCAUUCUGAAAGAGAGUGAAUAAAUAAAUAAAAAAUCAUCCACUCCCUCUCUAAACAUGAAUUUAGUGAAAAUAAGUGAAUAUUCACAAAUUUAAAGUGCAAAUCAAACCACUAAUUGCAAAAAGUGGUCCGAUUGGCACUCAGAAUUAGUGAAUAUUAACUUAUUUCACUUAUUCAUGUUAAGAGAGCCGCGUUCACCGCAAUUUUUUUACAGUGUAAAAUCAGGGAACUCUUAAAAAAAUCUACACACGGUCAAAUUUUUUUAUUAAUAUAAUAUAUUUUUUUCUAAAAUAUCUCCACAACUAUGAAAGAUACAAAAAACUUACCCUGUUUAGAAAAUCUCAUAUAAUCCAAUAGAUUCUCAUAAAUUCCCAUAGAGAUUUUAUAAGAAUGAAUGAGUUAUAUGAGAAGUGUUAUAGUUAAAUAUAGGGCUUUAUACAUACAGCUAUAAGAAUCUAUCGGAUUUUUUAAGUUGGGUUUUAAAUUUUUAUAGUUUACCUAAGAGCUGUUGUCUUUCAUAGAUACAAAAAAUUCAGUAUUUAAUUUCAAAAUAUUUUAAAAAUUUUUUGUCCGUAAUUUUUUUAUAAUAUUAUAUCAACAUCUUUAGGCGCGACAUAUAUAUACAUAAGUAUACUCGUAAUUAUUUGUAAAACUUAAGAUAUUGAAUAAAUGAUUACAUAUAAACAUCUAAACCUACAAAAAGGCACAAAUUAAAGUCAAGACUUUUUCACUGAUACCAAAUUAAAUUUGUAUAGUUUUUAUUGUCAUUGAAAUGUGUCAUGGACUAAAUUUUUCUUAUCCUCUCUUAAUAAUAUAGAUAAUAGAUAUAUUCCGUGAUAUCAGCUAUAUUCAAUGACAGAAUAAUUGAAAUAAUUAUUUAUUUAAAGCAUAGAAAUAAAAUCGUCUUUUAUUCCCGCGUAAUUUAAAUGUAUUUCGAAUGAUAUAGAUAAAUUGUUUUAUUUUGAUACUUGGCAGACAGUAGAGUUAAAACCAUGAAAAGGCACAAAUUCCAGUCAGGGUUUUUACAGCGAUACGAAAUUUAAUAACAUUAAAUAACUCUAUCAUAGAGACAUGGAUGCAAUAAAAUUUUUUCUUAUUCUAUUAAUAAUAUAGAUGAAUUCAUAAACUAAAUUCAAAAUUAUUUAAAAAUGUUAUAGGAUUCAAUUAAAUUCUUGAACUUAUUUAGAAAUGAAAUUCAUUUUUUUUCUCAAACUCAACACAAAUUUAGCAAAAUCGUUAAAAAGAAUGUCUUAAAUUUUAUGUGGCCUCUGUAUAAAAUUAUAAAGUGACUGAAGGGUUAAUUAAAAAAUCUCCAACGAAUCUCAAUUUAAUUUUGUUACAAAAUGUUUUUUAAUCAGUGCCAUUUUUUAUAAGCAAUAUAAGAUUAAAAAAUGCCUAAUUAAAUAGUCAUAGACUGUAAAGAUCUCCACGCACACGAGGAUUGAUACUUAUUAAUUAUAAUUAUAAUUAAUUAAUUAAUAAUUAUUAAUAUUAACAAUUUAUUUAAACAACCUCGUAAUUCACUGCCACUCUGGAGCAUCGUUAUUUUGUUUCUACUUAAUUAAUUAUUAAUUUAAACAAUCCAGCUCCACUGAUUUUUUUAGAAAUAAAUUUAUCAAUUGAAAUUUUCAAUUAUAUUUUAAUGCUCGACAAUUAAAGACUUUUAAUAUGAUUACUCAUUUAUUAAUUAAUGUAAUUAAUUAAUAAUAAAUCAUAUAAAAUUUUUUUAAGCAUUUAUUAAUUAGUUCAUAAAAAAAAUACGUACUAUCGCACAAAGCUAAAAAUUGAAAAAAAAUUAUAAUUAUGAAAAAUUUUUUUUUUACAAUCGUUAAUUCUUUUAAAAUUAAAUAGUUACCAUGCCAAAAAAAUUAACACCUCAAUAAAAUUUCGUACCGAUUGAAAGAAACAAUUUUUUUUUUAAAUGUUUUGACUGUCGGCGAUUUUUUUACGCGGCUAGAUAAAACAUUUGCAAAAUUUAAAUGCUGAUCGAUGAAUGAAAAAAAAAAAGUUUAAGUAAUUAAUAUAAUUGCGAUAAUUGCCAGUAAUUAUCAAUUAAUAAGUCUGCUGAUGUGUUAUUAAUAAAUAAGUAAAUAAAUAAUUAAUUUCUAAAAAAUAUCAACCAUCUGCGUAACAUCUGCAACGUAUAUUGGUAAUAAUAAUCAUAAGUAAUAAAUAAUAAUAAAUAAUAAUAAUAUUAACAAAUAAUACGUAUAUCAUUCAUCAAUUAUCACUCAUUAAUCAUUAUUCUUAUCAGCGACACGUUUAUUGCGCAAUUUAUUCAAAAAACCACUUGUACUUUAUAUUAGUCUACAUCAGAAUUUUUUGUAACUGGAGAAGAUAUUAAAAUAAAAAAUUUAUUUAAGUCAUCUUGACGUAAUUACGCGUCGAAUGAAUACCCGCAAUCCAACAUUACGGUAAAAAAAUGUAUGUGGGAAUGUAUUACACAUAAAUAUUAAUUAAUUGUUAUAAGCGAUCCAAAUAAAUUUAUCUACAAAAGUAUUGUUUGUAUUCGUGUUAUUCAUGAAAUUUUGCACAAAAUGAAUACCAACAACGAUAGGUUUGGAUGCGAUGACAAUUGAUUAAUUAAUUGUUAAUUAGUUAAAUGAAUCAAAAAAAUUAUUUUUGACUGUAUUGGUGUAAGUACUUAAAUAAGAGGCAAUUUGAUGAGAUAUAAAAUGGUGGUAAUUAGAAUUAUUUUAAAAAAUUUUGUAUGAAGAUACAAAUUUUAUUUAUCUGAUUUAAAAUUAAUAAAAUUAAUAUUUUUUAUUAAUUAUUUUUUUAAAAAUUAAUUGUGAUAAAAAAUUGAUAGUAUCUUUGUAAAAAUAAUAAAUUUAUUAAAUAAUUUGAAAUAAAUGUGUCGCAGUCAUAUCAUGCUUUUAUCAUAAUAUCAUAUCAUCGCAAUUUUUCGCGUCCGUACUAACAUGAAAAUUAAUUGAUUCAUUAAUUAAUUAAAUAAAAUUGUAAAUUAUAAUUAAAUCGAUCAGCAUUUUAUAUAAAUAAAUAAUAAAAUUAUAUAAAUGUAUAUCAAAUGUAUAAGUACUAACGGACGUUUUUUUAUAUAUAAAUCUAUACAUAUUAUAAUUAUGAUAAUAAAUAAAUUGUAAAUGUGUAUAAGUGUGUAUCGAAUUAAUGAAUUUUAAAAAAUAAAUAAAUGUAUGAAUGAAGUUAAUUAUAAUAAUAUAAUUGUAAGUAUAAGAAUAUUUUUGUCUGAAUUAUAAACAC